AUUCCAGGACCAGGACUCUUAUUCUUGAUGCCCCAUAUUUUAUGGCUUAUGCCACUCCUAAACUAAGCUAGAUAACUUGCAGAGUACGGCUUCAGACACUAUAAAUAGGUCUUUCUAUACUCAAUGCUCAGUAUGAGUAACUUACCCUCUACAUCUCUUUGUCUGUCGUUCUAUGGCAAGAAUAAUAGAACCUCUCAUUGUUGGAAGAGUGAUAGGAGAAGUUAUUGAUUCUUUCACACCAGCAAUAAAAAUGUCUGUCACUUACAAUAACAGGCAAGUCUACAAUGGACAUGAGUUCUAUCCAUCCACUGUUGCUGCCAAACCUAGGGUUGAGGUCCAAGGAGGUGACUUGAGAUCUUUCUUUACACUGGUCAUGACAGACCCAGAUGUUCCUGGUCCUAGUGAUCCGUAUUUGAGAGAGCACCUGCACUGGGUAGUGAGCGACAUCCCUGGAACAACAGAUGCCACAUUUGGAAGGGAGAUAGUGAGCUAUGAAAUUCCAAGGCCUAACAUAGGGAUCCACAGGUUUGUGUUUGUUCUAUUCAAGCAAAAACGAAGACAGACAAUCAACCCACCUACUUCGAGGGACAAUUUCAGCACUCGAAAUUUCGCUGCUGAAAACGACCUUGGUCUUCCUGUAGCUGCUGUUUACUUCAAUGCACAACGGGAAACUGCUGCAAGAAGGCGCUAACCAGAUAUGGGAUAUCGAUAGAUCUCUUUCAUAUGCUGCUUAUCAUCAUCAUUAUUAUUAUUAAUAAAGCUGACAAGUGGCCUUCAAUAAUAAGUGUUAUCAAUAUGUAACCAAAAAUCAGCUUGCAGAAACAUAUAUAUCUGUCACUCUCUUCUCCAUAUAUAAUCUAUUUUAUCUGUGACUUG